AUGGCGACAGUUGAUCGCGCAUCAGCGCAAGACAACAACCUCUCCACACCACGUAGUCGCGCGACUUCAAAAGGCCCAGAGUCAUCUACCGUCUCCAUCGACAGCAGUGACAACCGCGACGAUGAUCUGCACAAAUCGACAGACGGCGCACUGGGCGACAAACUCAAGAGCCGCAACUCGGACGAUGGCCGCAGCGACACCUCCUCUGCGCACCGCAUCCGAAUGUCGAGGAUGUUCAAGGGUCGCAAUAAGCGUAGGAAGUCAACUACAAGUCAUGCAAGCCAGGACUCGCAGCUGGAUCCCGCUGAAGAUACUCCUCCCGUGCCUCAGUUGAGGCGCCCAGGCACCGAACCGCGGAACUACAGCGACGACUCGCUGGGCCUGCACAAGAGCGCAGCCAGCAAUGCCACUCUCGGCGAUCCCCUAGCCUCCGAAGAAUCUCCCGUGCGACACACCGGCACCCCUGUAAACAACAAGCGAGGAGUCUCGCCGUCACCAGUUGGAAGGCUGAAAGAGGCAUUCGCGCCCAAUCGACGGCCAGCGUCUCCGAAGGCAGGAGAUUACGCUGACGGUGCACGGCCGGGCUCAAGUGGUGGACUCGGGGCGCUGUUUGGAGGAAAGAAGCGCGAGGCCAAGAUUCUCGAUCAACCCAUCACCGCAUCCCCCCCGCAGAUCCAUACGGGAGACGGCACGCAGUCGACGACGUCUCUUCGCUCUACCGCGCCGAAGCGUAUCAUCACCACACUCCCUGCCACUCCCCCGAACCUCGCCGAUGCGCCUACGACUUUGAUCACACCACCGACUCCUACCGAUGGGAAGCCAGUCUCGCCCACACGUCCGACAAGCUCGCAGGAGGGAGUGAAGCAAAACACAUCGCAAUCGAUUCCGAAUGUCACUGUCUCCCCCUCGGGGAACAUGAUAUCACACCGACGUGUGCGAUCCGCGACGAAUCCUCCUAGCAAGCUUUCCAAUUCGAUUACUGCGCCGCUUACACCCCACCCCGAGGAAGCGAAAACCCCUGGUGGGACUGCAUUCGCUCCCCAGAACCCUGGCGGUUUCUUUGCGUCUGUAUUUUCUGCCGCGCAGAACGCCGCGAACAACUUGAGUAACACUAUCGUCAACAACAGCACCGCAAAGAACAAGUCGAAUCAGCAGUCCCAGGGUGAAGAAGAAAAGGACACGGAAGACGGAGUGGAAGAGGUGAUUGGCCCAGAAAGCGCAGACCAGAACGCGGACACGGAAAAACGCAGGCCAGCCGUAGAGACUCUUGGAUCUGGGAACUUGAGCUUGGCCCAUCUGGGGAUCACAGAUACCGAGGUUAGCCCAAUGUCGUCCUCUACAAACGUUGCCACAAAGACGGACGAGGCCUCUGCGAAGGCGGAAGAUAUGGCAGCCACACAAGCAGUUUCGGCUGCGUACGCGGCGGAUAAACCUGCUUCUGUUGUGAACGAUCGUCCACGAUCCCACACAGCUAAUUCGGGUUCAUCAUUGCCAGGCGCUGGGUCUCCUCAAAGACAGCCUGAGAUUACCGACUCCCCCGCACAGUCUUCCAUCCAGAGGCAGAGCAGUAUACGCAGUCGUAUCAGUGAUGGGCGGCGAAGACGACAUAGGGGAAGCUCUGCCGCUACCGGGAACACCAUUGCCGCUGCUAUAACUGGCAGUACAUCGGCUCUAGCCCCGAGCGCUGCGAUGAAUGGGAACCGCCUUAAUGGGACGGGAUUUGCAGUUGCAUCGCCAAAGCGAAAUAGAGAUUUCCACAACUUCUUCAAGAGUGUGCCAGAGGAUGACUACUUGAUCGAGGACUACAGCGCAGCACUACAGAAGGAAAUUCUGCUGCACGGCAGGCUUUACGUAUCAGAGGGCCACCUCUGCUUUUCCAGCAACAUCCUCGGUUGGGUCACGAAUCUCGUUAUUAGCUUUGAUGAAGUGGUCUCGGUUGAGAAGAAGUCGACUGCCGUGUUGUUCCCGAAUGCUAUCGUUAUCCAAACGCUACACGCGCGAAAUGUCUUCGCCUCGUUCCUCGCGCGAGACUCCACCUACGACUUGAUAAUCGGCAUCUGGAAGAUCUCGCACCCAAAUCUCAAAUCCUCACUGAACGGCGUCACGCUAGACACGGGCGGCACCGGUGACAAGACCGAGAAAGCCGAGUCUAUUGGCAGCGACGACGGAUCUCUACAAGAGUCGGACGACGAUGUCUAUGACGAGGACGCAGAAGAAGACGACGGCAUCGGUAGCUUCACUGAAGCUGGCGAGGGAAGCAUGGCGGGUAGCGAGGCCGGUUCUGUGAUCGGAGGUGAAGGGCAGCGAAAAGUGAGCGCAGCAGUGUCGCAAGCAUUCGGUGGUAGCGGCGAGAUUACAGAGGCUGCCAAGGCUGGAACAAAUGGUGCUGCGGCAGCAGGUCAAGAUUUCGCCGGCGCUGCGACACAUGGCCCUACGGACUGUGGGGACAGCGACCAGCACUAUGAUAAACUGCUUAUCGACACGACUAUCCCAGCCCCUCUGGGUAAGGUACACAGCCUCAUGUUUGGACCUGCUUCUGGAGCCUUUAUGCGAAAAUGGUUGAUUGAGGAUCAGAAGUCGACAGACCUGCAAAUGGAAGACGACAAGAAAGGCCUCGGAGAAGACAAGAAAUCUUUCAACUACUCUUACAUCAAACCUCUGUUCGCACCAGUUGGUCCGCGCCAGACAAAGUGCAAUAUUGCCAUGACCUUGGAGCAAUACGAUCUGGAGAAGGCCAUCACUGUGCUUUGCAGUACAGGUACCCCAGAUGUGCCUAGUGGAAGUAUCUUCCUCACGAAGACACGAUACUGCCUGAUGUGGGGAGCGAACAACAGCACGCGGCUCAUCAUGACCUUCACGGUCGAGUGGAGCGGCAAGAGUUGGUUGAGAGGCCCGAUUGAAAAAGGCGCAAAUGACGGCCAAAUGUCGUAUGCUACCUCUUUGACGACCGCUCUCCGCACCGCCGUGACCGCCAAAGCCGCACCUGCAAGACUAGGAAAGGGUGGAAAGGGUAAGAAGCGAUCCAAAGCCAAUAUCCUUGACGAAACACCAGCGGCAGUGUCCGCUCCAACGCCUGCCAACCAAGCAAAGCAGAGCGAUUGGGGCAUGUUGGAUCCCUUACGCAGCCUUUUGGGGCCAGUUGCGGAUAUUCUGGAGUUCAUCUUCACGCCGCAGAUCAUUAUUCCACUUAUGGGAGUGUUGCUCAUGUACUCAUGGUUCUUCCGUGGCGCAUCAACAGCUGUCGGGCCAAACCAAUGGUCCGCUGCACAAAGACAAGUCGCACAUGACGAGAUUUGGCGUCAUGAAGAAUCCGAGCUGUGGAAGUGGUUAGAAGACCGCGUUGCCCUGGACCGUGUUCAAUCUUCUGUAGUAGGUGGAAGGAUACAUCCAGACGUCGACGACCAAAUCCGCAUACCACCCGCAAACAUGAAGGAGCGCGAAAUGGACGAAGCCAUCCGCAUCACAGAAGAGAGGUUGAAAGUUCUAAAAGAAAAGGUGGAAAAGGAUAAGGCCAAAACGCGAACGAAAAGUCCGAGAGAAGAGCAGACGUAAAACAAAACUUGGGCUGGAAGAGGUGUGAUUAGAAGACAUGCAUUGCGAACGGCGUCAAUUGGUUUUUCUGUUGGAAUACUUGGGUGUAUUUUGCUGGCUUUAGCAUUACCUCUUCGAAGCGAGCCACCCCUUUGUUUUCUCGUUUGUGUAAAUGCUGAAGGAAUAUAUUAUAUUUGAUCCAC